AUGGCUUCUCCCCGUCCACCCCACACCUUUAGCAAUCCUCCCUAUACUCUUCCAAACGGCGCCACGAGCGGUCCAACUCCUGGAGCUACCGCAUUGCUUCCGAAUAAUGGCAGAGUUAUUCAGUCUGGCUCCGUUCGAAUCUUGUGUGUUGCAGAUGUUAGAGGCAACCUGAAAUCCUUGAAUGAGUUAGCAAAACGUGCUCAGGCAGACCAUAUUAUUCACACUGGUGACUUUGGAUUUUAUGAUGAUACGUCUCUUGACAGGAUUGCUGAUAAGACCUUGAAGCACGUCGCACAAUACUCUCCACUCCUUUCAGAGUCAACUAAGCGCAGCAUUGCUCAAGUACCGCCACAACAAUCCAUCAAGCAGCGCUUUAGCCCAGAGCAGCUUGCGCUUUCGGAGCUUCCACUUCUCCUAAACAAGCAAUUUACCUUGGACGUUCCAGUUUAUACUGUUUGGGGUGCCUGUGAAGAUGUCCGAGUUUUGGAAAAGUUCCGUUCUGGAGAAUAUAAGGUCGAUAAGUUGCAUAUUAUCGAUGAAGCUAAUUCUAGGUUGCUUGACGUUGGCGGCGUAAAACUUCGCUUACUGGGCCUUGGUGGUGCCGUUGUUAUGCACAAAUUAUUUGACAACGGCGAGGGGAAAACCACUAUUGCAGGCGGACAAGGAACAAUGUGGACGACCUUGUUACAGAUGGGUGAGCUAGUUGACACUGCAAACCGCGUUUACGAUCCCGCCGAAACUCGCAUUUUUGUGACGCACGCAUCGCCAGCUCGAGAAGGCAUGCUCAAUCAACUAUCUGUCACCUUAAAAGCAGAUUUCUCAAUUUCCGCUGGUCUACAUUUCCGAUAUGGAAGCUCCUACAAUGAAUUCAGCGUUAACCCAACGUUAGAUCACUAUCGUGGCAAGCUAGCGGCGUCAAAAGCUUCUUUCAACGACGUUUGGGAUACAGUGCGUGGAGAAGUUGAAACCGCCAUCAAUGCCAACGACGCUCAGAAGACACUGCUUGAUAAUGCCCUGGAUAUUGUUAAUAAAAUGCCCAGCGUUGCUAAUGGUGGUAACCCAUUCGGUGGUCCGGUUACAGGCUCGAAUGCUGGUGGCCAAGUUGAUGAAAGUGCCUUCAAAAAUAUGUGGAAUUUCAAUCUUGCAGAUGCUGCGUAUGGCUAUCUUGUUCUUGACGUUGAAGGUGGAAGAAUCGGAACAGAAAUGCGCGCUCAAGGGUUCAAUUUCUCUCACCGUGGAGGAAAACCAGUGGCGGCAACUACUGCAGCUCCACUUCCACAACAGCCUACUACUGUUUCUCCUAUGAGCGGUGGCGCCACCGGCCCUGUAAUCGCGACCGGGACGGCUCCUAGCCAAGUAAGGCCCCCACCGCAGUUUGGUCAAAUUCAAGCGCAGACUGGUCGUGGCUCUGGUCCGCAAUACCAGACCCCCGCUCCUCAGCCUCAAGCGCCGUUAUCGAAGCCGAUUCCCGCAAAGCCAACAGCUUCUCCUGCGCCCGUGAUUCCUGCAAAAGAGAAGCCGGGAACACCGCAGCCCGCUAUUCCAAACCCGCCGAACACAACACAAAGCGCUUCAGCAAACCAAGGGGCGCCUGAAACCAACGGAACUGUCACUGGAGAAAAGCCGUUAGAGGCCACACCCAAACCAACACCAACCCCAGAAAAGAAACAAAUAAAUGGCCUUUUUAUAUCCAAUGUUGACAAUGAAGAAGCUGUCCGAAAAUUAUUCCCUGACGAAGAUAAAGCGAAAAUUGUCAAAAUCGAGAAACUGGGCAAAUUCAACCAUGUAGUCUCCUUUUCAACUUUGGAGGACGCUAAAGCUGCACUCGAACGGCAACCUCUUGAACACAAGAGACCCGGCCCACCGGGACCGAACCGCAAACCAAAUGUCAAGAUGUUCGAGGAGCGUAUUAGCCGUCGCGAUGGCCAAGGGAAUGCCGGCACAUGGCAAGCAAGCAGCCGCGGCGCCGCAUCUGCCGGCCAGCGCAGUGGAUACCAGAGCGGAAGUGCUACCAGCGAUGGUGAGGGCGGCCGAGGUCGUGGUGGCUUUAGUGGUCGAGGCCGUGGACGUGGAAAUGAUCGAGGCGGGCGCGGUCCUCGUGGCGGAAGAGCAGGAGGAUUUGGCAAAGGCCCAUCGGGAACUGGAGACUCAAGCUCCCCAACACCGACGCCAGCGGGCGGCGAUAAAUCAACGGAGUGA